CAACGAGGUCUCGCGAUUCCCUUUCACUGGAGCUGUUUUUUGUCACAGACGUUUUCAGGCGGCUGGGUGGGAAUUCUGUGCUGUUUGGUUCGGUGUCGGAUAGCGAAAUUCAGACAAUGUGUGUUUCAUGAGAGCAUAGUUACGUGAUCACGGUUUUGUUCGCCAAGUUUCUUUACACUAGUUCGUACUGCAGCGCAGCCAACUGAGAUCCCCCACAUAAAAUAGAAGCAAUGUGGAAAGUACGGGAGAUCGCUGAUAAAGUCACCAACAUGGUGAUGAACUACACGGAGGUGGAGUCCAGGGUGCGCGAGGCGACCAACGACGAGGCUUGGGGUCCCACCGGUCCGCAGAUGCAGGAGGUGGCCCAGUACACCUUCACCUACGAACAGUUCCCCGAGGCCAUGGGCAUGCUCUGGAAGCGCAUGCUGCAGGAUAACAGGUCCAACUGGCGGAGGACGUACAAGUCGCUGCUGCUGUUACACUACCUGAUCCGGAACGGCUCGGAGCGUGUCGUCACCUCGGCGCGCGAGCACAUCUACGACCUGCGCAGCCUCGAGAACUACACGUUCGUCGACGAGUUCGGCAAGGACCAGGGCAUCAACAUCAGGCACAAAGUGCGAGAUCUGAUUGACUUUGUACAAGACGACGACCGCUUGCGCGAAGAGCGGAAAAAGUCGAAGAAGAACAAGGACAAAUAUAUCGGCAUGAGUAACUUCGGCAAGGGCUCCUCGUACGACUGGGACCAGCCCAGCUGGCGCAAGGGCCGCUCGGACUGGGAGGACGGCCGCAACGGCGACAGCAAACCGUACUCGGACUCGCGCGACGCCGACAGCAACAGUCUGGGAGAGCCGGACGACUCGGACCCGGAGGUGCGCGCCCGCCAGUUCUCCGACACGUCGCCGGCGCCGGUCAAGGCGCGCCGCGGCGCCGCCGCCACUGCCAAGCCCGCCAAGACGGCCGCAGCACAGGCCAAGACGGACGCCGGUCAGAAGCCGGAGCUGCUGGACGACCUGUUCGGCGGCUCCGACGGCGACGACUUCAACCCGCGCGCCGGCGACGGCGGCUCGGCCGGACGCGCCGGCGGCCAGUUCAGCCAGUUCGUCGCCGCGCCGCCGCCGUCAGCCUCUGCCCAGCCCGGCUCGGACGGGUUCGCCGACUUCGCCAGCGCGUUCGGCGGCGGCGGCGCUGUUGACUGCCUGCAGACGCGCCGCCUGGCUGCCGUGUUUAAUUUGGCGGUGAUCGGCUGA